UGUAUGUGAGUUAUGUUGUCGUGUAGGAUGUGGGAGCAAUCUGUAGAUGAGUGUUUUUUAUCCGGGGCGUCGUUGAGCCUACGGUUUGCUGCUGCGACGGUGGUGGUGGUGGUGGGAGAGGGAUAGCGUCGCGACGUUCGGCGUCCAAGAUCUCAGUAGUGGACUGCAGCAUGUGGUGGUGGCUUCUACUCGUGGCAGUGGUGACGGCCAAACGUGGCCCGACAACCCAUCAAGAUCCCGUCAUCGAGGAGGUCACGGCCAAGCAGCUGGAGCGCGUUCUAGCCGAGAAAGACUAUGUGGCCGUGUUCUGGUACGCUCGCAGCUGUACCACAUGCGAUCGAGUUCUGCAGGAGCUGGAGCAAAUCGACGACGACACAGACUCCUUUGGGGUGGACUUCGUGAAGAUCAACGACAAACGAUUGGCGAAGCAGUAUGGCAUCAAGACCUUCCCUGCCCUCACCUACUUCAGGGAGAAGCAGCCGAUCAUCUACGAAGGUGACUUGAUGGACGAGGAGAAUGUCCUGGACUUCUUGACAAGUCUAGAGGCUAUGGAUCUUCCUGACAGGAUAGAAGAAGUGAACGCCAGAAUCUUGGAUAAGAUCGUUGAAGAAACGGACUAUGUUGCCGUCUUAUUCUGUCCGGACUCGAAUACUUGUACACGCGGGGGAGUAAAUAAACCAGAGUGCAAAAAAUGCUCCAAGGUGUUGCAAGAGUUGGAGAACAUCGACGAUGAGGCCGACCAGCUGGGUAUUGGAUUUGUCAAAAUCAAUGACGAAAAUCUUGCAGAGGAGUACAAUCUUGGUCAACUUCCAGCCCUUGUCUACUAUAGACAUCAAACGCCCAUCAUCUACGAAGGUGAGCUGACAAGGGAAGAAGAUGUUUUGGAAUGGUUGGUCCAGCACAAAAGCACUGGAGAUGAUGAAGACAUCAUCGAAGACGUCACCUCCAAAACUCUCUCCACUCUCAUCGAUAGCGUCGAUAACUUAGUCGUACUUUUCUAUGAUCACGGUGACGAAGAUUCUAUGGCCGUGUUAGAAGAACUCGAAAAGAUUGAUGAUGAUUGCGACAAGCACGGAAUUCAAUUUGUCAAGAUCGACGACGAAGGUGCAUCUGAUGACUACGGAAUCGACAAUUUACCAGCAGUGGUUUACUUUGAAAGGGGUAUUCCUAACGUGUACGAUGGUGACCUGGAGCAGGAAGAGGAGUUCUUCGAAUGGCUGGUGCAGCAACUCGAGAAAGACGAAAUCGAGGACGUUACUGACGAAAUGCUCGACAAACUCAUCAACGAUGGGAAAAACGUCGCUGUUCUAUUCUAUGAUAACGAGGAUAGAAAGUCACAGCGCGUCCUCAACGAGUUAGAAAAUAUCGAUGACGAAUGCGACAAACUCGGCAUCGUUUUCGUGAAGAUCGACAACGAUGACGAGGCCAAGGAAUACGGAAUCGAAAAGAUUCCUUCGCUUGUUUACUUCGAGAAAGGCAUUCCAACCCUCUACGAAGGCAAUUUGGAAGAGGAGGAGAAGGUCCUUAAAUGGUUCGAGCAUCAAAUCAAGAGCGACGAGAUCGAAGACAUCAAUGACGAGAUGUUGGACAUCAUCCUCGAAAAAACGCAUUAUGUUGCUGUCCUCUUCUACGAUAAAGACCAAAAGAAGAGCCAGAAGGUCUUGCAUGAAUUAGAGAACAUCGACGAUGAGUGUGAUCAGAACGACAUUGCCUUCGUUAAAAUCGAUGACGACAAUGAGGCCAAAGAGUACGGAAUCGACACCAUUCCCACUUUGGUGUUCUUCGAAAAGAAAAUUCCUCACCUCUACGAAGGUGAUUUAACUAAGGAGGAAGAGCUUCUGGGUUGGUUGCUUCACCAGAAAAGACACUCCGAAAUUCCAGACAUCACCGACGAAAUGAUGGAUCGUCUCAUUGAAGGCACCGAAUAUCUUGCCGUUCUGUUCUACGACAAGGAUGACAAACAGGACAUUCGCGUUUUGAAUGAAAUGGAAAACAUUGACGAUGAACUCGAAAAGGAAGGCAUCGUUAUUGUGCGUAUCGACAACGACGCCGAAGCCAAAGAAUUCGGAAUCGAUCAUUUGCCAACGUUGAUCUACUUCGAGAACAAAAUUCCAUCGUUGUACGAAGGCGAUCUGAUGAACGAAGACGAAGUUCUCCAAUGGUUGAUUGAACAGAAGAAUUCCGCAACAAUUGAAGAAGUCACCGAUGAGAUUCUCGAGGAUUUGAUCGAGGAACACGAAUACGUUGUUGUUUAUUUCAGCGGCAAAUGCGAGGAAGGCGAAGAGUGCGAUAACAUUUUGGAUGAACUCGAGAACAUUGAUGAUGAGCUUGAUGAAACUGGUAUCAUCUUUGUGACCACCGAAGACCUGUCUCUGGCAAAGAAGUACGGCAUCAAGGGAUUCCCUAAACUGGUGUUCUUCAGGAAUAAGGAACCUUUGAUUUAUUCUGGCGAUAUUGAAGACGAGGAUGAAGUUUUGGCUUGGUUAACUGACGAAGACACCUUAGAAAUCCCAGAUCGUAUCGAGGAAGUUAACAGCAAAAUGUUGGAUAAACUUUUGGUGGAGAAUGAUCACGUUGUUGUUUUCUUCUAUAAAGAAGGCGAUAAGAAGUCUCAAAAGAUUUUGCAAGAACUGGAGAAUAUCGAUGAUGAGUGCGAGGAGAAGGAUAUUGAUUUCGUAAAAACUUCCGAUGAUGGAAUCGAUAAGGAAUAUGAUUUGCCCAGUUUACCAGCAUUGGCUUUCUACAGGCACAGAUUCAGGGAUAUUUACACCGGUGAUUUAAUGCACGAAGAGGCAAUUUUGGAAUGGGUUUUGGAUUUGCAUGACUCUGCUCCAGAUGUAAUUGAGAAUGUCGAUAGAAAAACGUUGCAGGUUUUGAUCAAUGAUGUCGAGCAUCUCGCCGUGUUCUUCUAUUCGGACGAUUGCGAACAGUGCGAUGAUAUUUUGGACGAGCUCGAAACCAUCGACGAUGAUACCGACAAACACGGAAUUCAGUUUGUGAAGAGCAAAGAUUCUAAACUGGCUUCGGAAAUUGGCAUUUUCAGUUUUCCGGCACUGGUUUACUACGAAACCGGUGUUCCCAUUAUGUACGAUGGUAAUCUUCUGGACGAGAGCGAAGUACUAGAAUGGAUGAUGGAUCAAAAGAAUGAUGCCAGCAUCCAGGAAAUCACUCGUGAUACACUUUUCAAGUACAUUGAAACUAAGGAAUUCCUGGCCGUGAUCUUCUACAACGAAGAGGACACAGACAGUCCAAGAAUCUUGAGACACAUUGAGCUGAUAGACGACGAAGCCGCCGAAUACGGAAUCAAAAUUGUCAAAGUUAAGGAUCUGCUGAUGGCAAAGAAAUAUGGCUUCAGGAAUCCACCAGGUAUCAGCUAUUUCCGUAAAGGAAAAAUGAUCAACUACGAUGGUGACAUCGAUGACGAAGAGGAAGUUUUGGACUGGUUAACGGAUCCAGAGAAUAUGGAACUUACCGAUCACAUUGAAAAGGUUAAUAGGAAGAUGUUCGAGAAGAUCAAGAAGAGCUCCGAUUACGUUGCAGUGUUUCUUUAUAGCGCCGAAUGUAAGCAAUGUCCAAGAGUUCUAGCAGAGGUGGAGCAUAUAGACGAUGAGGCUGACUCAGCUGGGAUCAACUUCGUUAAAAUCGAUGAUAAGAACUUGGCCAAGCAGUACGGAGUGUUUGCUUUGCCAGCCAUUCUCUUCUUCAAGACCGGAUCAAAAGAACCUGUCAUCUACGCCGGUGAUUUAUAUGAUGAGCAACAGAUUCUGCAAUGGCUGUUGACCCAAAAGGAUCCCGCAGGAGAAAUUAUCGAGGCGACAGGUGGAAGCGAUCUUCUGAACAUGAUCGAGGAGGAGGAAGCCCUGGCAGUCUAUUUCUGGAACAAGACACUUUGUGAUAUGUGCGACAAUCAACAUAACAACAAAAAGGUCCAUAAACAUCACGCAAUCUCUACAGAAGAAUCAGGAACGAACGAUACUGAAGAUUGCGAGCAAUGUACCAAAAUUUUGGAAGAACUCGAAAAUAUUGACGACGAUUGCGAGAGGCACGGCAUCACAUUCGUGAAAACGUAUGACGUUAAAGUUGCCGAACGAUUUGGUACCACCGACAUGCCUCAGCUGAUGUACUUUGAGAAUGGCGUAGGUGGAAUCUUUGAAGGAGAUAUUGUUGAGGAAGAGGAGGUUCUGCAGUGGUUGAUUCAACAGAGAACCGAGGAUCGGAUUGAGUUGAUCACGCGAGUGAUGUUGGAGAAUUUGGUUGAGGAUACUCAAUACUUGGCUGUGUAUUUCUACAAGCAGAAUUGCCAUAUUUGCGAGGAAAUACUCGAGGACUUGGAAAACGUUGACGAUGAAUGCGAUGUCUACGGAAUCCAUUUAGUGAAAAUUCAAGAUCCGCAAUUGGCGAAGAGAUACAGCAUAAAAACGUUCCCGGCUUUGGUGUACUUUAGAAAUGGUAAUCCUUUACUGUUCGAAGGAGAUCUGCAGAACGAGGAAUCUUUGCUGGAGUGGUUAAUAGAUGAUGAUAACCGAGAAUUGGCUGACGAGAUUGAAUCUGUCAAUGAGAGGAUGCUCGGAAGAUUGCUGAACGAAUCGCCGUUCUUAGCUGUUUUCUUCUAUGAUGAUGAUUGUCCGGAAUGCGAAGAAAUUCUGGAGCAGCUGGAAGAAAUCGAUGGUGAAGCCGAUCUGUUUGGCAUAGAUUUCGUUAAAAUCUGCAGCGCCGAUGCUGCCGCUGAGCAAGGAUUGCACACUCUGCCUGCUCUGAUGUACUUCAGGAAAAAGACUCCGAUGGUUUACGAUGGCGACCUCACGCAGGCGGAAAAGAUUCUUGGAUGGCUCACUUCGCAAGAUGUUUUUGAGAUCAAAAACGAAAUAGAAGAGGUCAACAAGAAAAUGCUGGAGAAACUCCUGGAGGAGAACGAAUUCGUCACGGUGUUUUUCUAUGAAGUGCAUUCGGAGGAGAGCAAGGUGAUUCUGGAGAAAUUGGAGAACAUCGACAGCGAGACCGACAAUUUCGAUAUAACGUUCGUGAAAAUGGCGGACGCUCGGUACGCCAGGAAAUGGGGUGUCACUCAUCUGCCUUCAAUUGUGUACUUCCGUCGACGGUUUCCGAGCAUAUACAGAGGUGAUCUCAAAUCAGAGAAGGACGUGCUGGAAUGGUUACGCAAGAACCGUUACCGGCAGCCGGAACUAAACAUUUUCAUGUACGCCCUUCUGGCAAUCGGCAUCGCCUUCGUCACCUAUACAGCAUUCCUGCUGCAGUGUUUCAAGACACACCAUCCUCCGCCCACGCAACAUCCGAAGCAAAACUAAUUUGGGAGAAUUUUUUCUUAUUUUUUUUUUUUGGAAAUGAAACUCCCGAAUUGAUGAUAAUUCUGUUACGAAUGAACGGUGCGGGUGAAUGCAACUUAUUUAUUUAUUUUGUUUACGUUUCCGGCGAGCGAAUGAAGAAUAAAUACUCAAACACUAUUCAUCCCCUUUCCUACCGGCAACAAGUAUCUAAGUAUAUUUUAGAUAAGCAUGUCCUUCGGACCAAAGUAUUUUCAUAUACAUACUUCAUGGACACACAUAAACACACACAUCAAAUCACUCUUUCGAGGUUGUUGUUAUUUUUUUACAGGCAAUAAACAGAGGAACAAAGCACACAUGAUCAAUCAUCUAAAUGUUUAAUUUUAGUUAAACUGUAAAUAAGAAGAAACCAAAAAAAAAUAUAUAUACUUGUAAAUAAAUACAUUAAUUUACAACUAUAGUAAAGUAUAGUUCAUAUCUAUCUUACUUAAUCGUCCAAGCGAUAAUACAAUAUUAAAGAUGUGCAAAUCAUAUGUAAUCAAAGUGACUAAAAUGUGAAGACGAACAAUAUAAACAAAUGAAGAUGAGUUCGUUAAUCCUGUAUCUCAGCAUUUGGUAACUAACAACAAAUUGUAGAAUUAAUAGAAAACAAUAUAUACAUGAUGCAAAAA